UGACUGUGCCUACUUGUCGACGCUCGCGGCCGCAAACAGGUACCUAGUGGCUAUAGCAUCAGUCAUGGCCCAGAUCACGACAGCGCCUGCUGCAGAGACGAGAGAUGUGACCAAGAUUGAGCGCAUUGGCGCACACUCACACAUUCGAGGGUUGGGACUCAAUGAGCACCUCGAGCCUCGCCCUGCUGCCUCACAAGGCAUGGUCGGCCAAGCAAAAGCAAGGAAAGCUGCUGGAGUCAUCUUGCGCAUGGUCAAAGAGGGCAGGAUAGCAGGUCGAGCGGUCCUCAUGGCUGGGCCUCCUUCGACGGGCAAGACGGCAAUUGCGAUGGGCAUGGCGCAAUCGCUUGGUCCUGACGUGCCGUUUACGUCCAUCAGCGCCUCUGAAGUCUUUUCGCUCGAGAUGUCGAAAACGGAAGCGCUGACCCAAGCGUUCCGACGGUCUAUCGGUGUGCGUAUCAAGGAAGAGUCUGAGAUCAUAGAAGGCGAAGUGGUCGAGAUACAGAUCGAUCGCUCUCUCACUGGUGCGACAAAGACGGGCAAAUUGACCAUCAAGACGACCGACAUGGAGACCGUAUACGAUCUAGGGAAUAAGAUGAUCGACGGUUUGACAAGGGAGAAAGUCAUCGCGGGCGAUGUCAUUCACGUUGACAAAUCGACGGGCAAAGUCUCCAAGCUCGGUCGAAGCUUCACUCGUGCGCGCGACUACGAUGCCAUGGGCGCAGAUACACGCUUCGUGCAAUGUCCCGAGGGCGAGCUGCAAGUGAGGAAAGAGGUAGUUCAUACAGUCUCGCUGCACGAGAUCGAUGUCAUCAAUUCUCGCACGCAAGGCUUCCUCGCGCUCUUUGCUGGAGACACAGGCGAGAUCAAGUCGGAACUGCGCGAGUCGAUCAAUGCCAAAGUAGCAGACUGGCGAGAGGAAGGCAAGGCGGAGAUCGUCCCCGGCGUCAUCUUUAUUGAUGAAGUCCACAUGCUCGAUAUCGAAUGCUUCAGUUUCCUCAACAGAGCUAUGGAGACUGAUCUGUCGCCUAUCGUCAUCAUGGCGUCCAACAGAGGUAUCACCCGGAUCAGAGGAACGAGAUACAAGUCACCUCACGGUAUUCCAAUAGAUCUGCUGGAUCGUGCGCUCAUCAUCUCGACCGAAAAGUACUCACAAGACGAAAUCAAGUCCAUCUUGCGCAUCCGAGCAGACGAAGAAGAUGUUGCUCUGUCCGCGGCUGCACUCGACAUCCUCACCAAGAUCGGCGCAGAGACUUCGCUGAGAUACGCCAUCCAGCUCAUCACCGCCGCCCAUCUCGUCGCACGAAGGAGAAAAGUCAAAGAAGUCGACAUUGUCGAUGUGAGACGAGUGUACAGUCUCUUUAUCGAUGAGCGACGCUCUGUCCAGUAUCUCCAAGAAUACGAAAACCUAUAUGUCGGCGACGACGGAGGAUGGGGCGCCAAAGCGCUCGCUGCAGAGACGGCGGUGAAUGGCGAUGCUGUCAUGGCAGCUGCCUGAGCCAGUCACGACCGGCAGAAAGGCUGUUGUACUAUGGUUUGCACUUUUGUGCUGCAAGUAUUGCC